GCGCCGGGGCAGCUCCCACCGGAGGCGCUGGGGACAUGGAGCGGACCUGAGGCGGAGCCCGCACCGGCACCGGCGGCAGCACCGACACCGGGCCGGGACCGGCAGCACCGGCACCGGGAUCAGCACCGGCAGCACCGACACCGGGCCGGAACCGGCAGCACCGGCACCGGGAUCAGCGCAGCAGCGCAGCGGAGCCGAUGUCCAUGAGGAGCCCCGUGUCCCCACCCCCGGAGCUGGAUGGAGUGGGCGCCAUGGUGAACUGCGCCAUCAAGACGGAGGAGAAGAAGGAGGGCGGCCCCGAGACCCCGCCGGGGGCUGCCCCUGGUGCCGAGCCCCGGCCCCACGAGCCCCCGGGGCCACUGGCCAGGGAUGGCACCGACCCCCAGGCCCUGCCACAGGAAUCCUGCUCUCCCUCCAGGGACAUUCCCGAGCCCCGGCGCUCCGCCUUCGAGCCGGCCGGCAGCUGCCAGGAGAAGCUGGACUUCAACAGGAACCUGAAGGAAGUGAUGCCAACCAUCGAGAAGCUGCUGUCCAGUGACUGGAAGGAGCGGCUGCUGGGCCGGAACUCGGCUGAAUCCAAGGAAGUGAAAGGAACCCAGGAGAGCCUGGCAGAGAAGGAGCUGCAGCUGCUGGUGAUGAUCAACCAGCUGUCCACGCUGCGGGACCAGCUGCUGACGGCGCACUCGGAGCAGAAGAACAUGGCCACCAUGCUCUUCGAGAAGCAGCAGCAGCAGAUGGAGCUGGCCCGGCAGCAGCAGGAGCAGAUCGCCAAGCAGCAGCAGCAGCUCAUCCAGCAGCAGCACAAAAUCAACCUCCUACAGCAGCAGAUCCAGCAGGUCAACAUGCCCUACGUGAUGAUCCCCGCCUUCACCCCCGGCCACCAGCCCCUCCCGGUCACCCCCGAGUCCCAGCUGGCGCUGCCCAUCCAGCCCAUCCCCUGCAAACCAGUGGAUUAUCCGGUGCAGCUCCUGCACAGCCCCCCUCCUCCCACGCUGAAGAGACCCGCGGGCCCGGGCCACCUCCAGAUGCAGGAGACCUCGCAGCCGCUGAACCUGACGGCCAAACCCAAAGGCUCCGAGCUCCCCAGUGCCUCCAGUUCGCCCAGUUUGAAGAUGAGCGGCUGCCAGUCGCUGCCGCCGGGCCACGGGGCCAGCAGGGAGCUGCAGAGCAGCCCGUCCAGCCUCCCUCUGGGAUUCCUGGGAGAGGGCGAUGCCAUCACCAAAGCCAUCCACGACGCGCGGCAGCUGCUGCACGGCCACGGCGCCGCCAUGGAGGGGUCACUCAGCAGCCCCUACCGCAAGGAGCACGUUGGGAUCGAUUCCUCCCCGGUGAAGGAGCGGAUGGAGGAGACCCCCGGCCACCGGCUGGACGAGGCUCUGCUGAGCUGCGAGAUGGACGGCUCCCGGCACUUCCCGGAGUCCAGGAACAACAACCACAUCAAGCGGCCCAUGAACGCCUUCAUGGUGUGGGCCAAGGACGAGCGGAGGAAGAUCCUGCAGGCCUUCCCAGACAUGCACAACUCCAGCAUCAGCAAGAUCCUGGGAUCCCGGUGGAAAUCCAUGUCCAACCAGGAGAAGCAGCCCUACUACGAGGAGCAGGCGCGGCUGAGCCGGCAGCACCUGGAGAAGUACCCGGAUUACAAAUACAAGCCGCGGCCCAAGCGCACCUGCAUCGUGGAGGGCAAGCGGCUGCGCGUGGGCGAGUACAAGGCGCUGAUGAGGAACCGGCGCCAGGACGCCAGGCAGGGAUACCUGAUAGGGCCGCAGGGCAGCCAGGUGCCCCCCAGCUCCUCGGACGUGCUGUACCCGCGGCCGGUGGGCGUCCAGCUGCCCCCGCCCCUCCUGGAGCAUUACCUGCCCCGCGGCGUGGACCCCACCAUGCCCGUCAUCGUCAACACCCGCAGCCUCAAGGACGGUGACGCCGGGGACGACGGGCACUCGGUGGCCGAGGGGGACAUGUACCGCUACAGCGAGGACGAGGACUCGGAGGGCGAGGACAAGAGUGACGGCGAGCUGGUGGUGCUGACGGACUGAGGGGGCACAGGGAGGGCGGAGGGGGUGGCAGGUGCCACCACCAGGAGGGCACGGCGUGUCCUGGCGGGAUGGGACUGAGCCACGGGAGAGCUGCCCGCCUCCACAGGGGGGUCCCACGAGGGUGGGCACCUGGAAUUUUGGGUGGCAAGGGCUGGCUUGGUCUCACUUUGGUGGCGCGUGGAGCUGAGGCCACCGAGCCUGGAGAUUUGGUGACGCGGCUGCUGCGCUGUCACCCCUGAGGGGAUCUGGGGCGUCUCCCCAGAGCAUCUCCCAGCCCUGCAGCACCUGUGGGUCCCAGAGAGCCUCACCUGCGCUGCUGGGCACGGGGUGGGGACACAG